GGCCAGUUAUAGAUCUAGCUUCGCUCCAAACCACAAGUGUAACCAGAAAAAUCCUCAUUUCGAUCAGCCUCUUGGGCAAGCACAUUUGACAGUUGCCUGGAGGUUCUUUGCCCUGAUGUUGCAUUGUGCUUGAUUAGACAGAUCAUUUGACAUCCUACAUGCUAAGAGUGUGUUGAAACCUGUUGGAACGUGCCAUUUGACACUGAUAACCCAAAGUAAGUACCUUGAAGGUCCAGGCAUGGUCCAGGACUCCAAGUAUCACUCACGAAAAGCUUUCAGAAGGUGCACCACAUAGCGUCCCCCCUUAGAUACUAAAUAUUGGACCCUGGAUACAUAGCACAGUUGUCAUUACUCCCAUAAUGUCGGAACCUGUUCAGCGUCGCAUCGAAGACCAUCUGUGCGACAUUCAGGAACUUUCGGAUGCAUGUAAUAAUGCAAUUGAUGCCAGACAAUGCACUAUUGCUGAAGACCGGAGGAAGCUCAAUAAUCUUCUUCCAAUUGCAAAAGUGCCAAUAGAUAUCCUUAUCGCAAUCUUUCAACUGUGCCAAGGGCCCAACCACAUUCUACAUCCUUACUCUUGGAUCUAUGUCACUCACGUCUGCCAUGCCUGGCGAUUGGUUGGAAUACAGGCAGCAGUCCUAUGGCAAUGCAUCCAUUCGGCGUGGCCCGGAUGGGAGGAAGAAGUGCUCUCUCGUUCUCGCCAGGCUCCUUUAACGGUAGUCACAUAUUCAUCAGAUUCCCUUCUGAGCAGGACAUUUACAGACCAUUUCACUCGUAUCAGAAGUCUCACAGUUGCCUGCGGCGACAGCCACUUACAAGAGGAAUGGCUGUCGUUAUUUCCCGCCUGUCUGCCGAGUCUGAGUUACGUUACCUUUGAUACCGGGCUUCAUCUCCUUCCAGUCGUUCAACUACCUGCAUUCGUGUCCAAUUUGCCCACAUGCAUGAAGAAAAUUCGGAUAAGCGGACGUUGGACAUCUCUACAUUGGAACGAUAUCUUCCUCAGGUCGCUAGAGGAGUUGUGUCUCAAUUUCGUCGACGACACCCACGGCUGCGACACUCAUACAGUCCUGGAAGCGCUGGAAGGCAUGCCGUUGCUUAAGGUGCUUGAGCUCUGCGGCCUUCAUGACAAAACAAUGCCCUCGCCUUCGCGGAUUCGUUUGCCUGAAUCGAUGAGGCGACUCUUGGUGAGGAAUAAUCACCUGAUGUGCGCACGUACUCUCUCGGGCUUGAUUAUUCAUCCCAAGGUAGCGCUACAUGUCGACGCCCUUGAAGCGGUCGAAGCGGAGGAUUUCGGUGGGCUGGCUUCAGCAGCAAUCGAAGGAUUCCUUGCAGACCAUUCUCCGGCCGUCAUCCACUUCCGUUUCGACAUGCGCGAGGGAGAGCGCCUGAGUGACAAACUUUCCUGUCUGGGAUUCACUUCUAUCGAUCCCGAACGGCGUUGUCGAUCUACCAGGGUUUCGCUUAAAUUUGACCUGUCCAGCUGUUCUCUUUCAGACCUGGCCUGCAUUGCAGCGAUCCUCUCUCCGUUCGCGCUACAUGCCAUACAGGUAUUAGAGCUCGGGUGGUUAGGAUACGAACCUUUUGAUGAGGAUCUUCGAGAGGUGACCGAGAAAAUGUCAUCACUCACAUGUCUUCAAGUGGAUGUCGAAGGAAUUUCUAUUCUACCUACAUUGUUGGAGAAUGAAUGGGGCGAGCAGGACGAAGAUGAAGACGCGAUGGCCUGUUCUUUGCCGUCUUUACGCGAACUUGCGAUACGUGGUGGAGCGACCAGAUCCUACCCAACUGAAGAUGAACUUGUUGCUCUACGUGACGCGUUCGAAUCGAGACAACCCCAUCCUAUUCGAUUAGUAUUGAUGAACUGCAAGUGGCCUGCAUCUCAAUACAUGGGCAUGAUCAACGCCGUCGCGUCGAUGUAUCCUUUGGAAGAUCAACAGGACUCUCUGUGGAUUCACUUUGAUGACGGUACCACAGCAAUCAACUAUGCCAACUUCGUUUGGGAUGACAAAUGGACGCAGACAGUCCAGACAUCUAAGGGCGAAUCGUUUGAUUUCCGAAUCCACGAUGCUGAGGAGGAUGGAGGACUCUGAGAGUAGGGCUACCCAUGACGAUAGUUUUAUCGACUAAUAGCAGGGGUAUAACAGCAUUAUUUCCAUUUGACUUCCUUAUGUCUCUACCGUACAUACAAUACUGCAACGUCUUCAUUCUAGUAUCCAGGAGUAUCCGCUCCAUGCCAUCAAGCAUCCAGCAGAGCCGCAGCUUUGCGAGCGUUGGCCUUAAAGGUCUCAAGCUGCAACUCCAAGUUCCGGAUCUUCUCGCGAGCUUCACGAAGCUCAGCAGUGAGGCGUG